CCCUCAGAAAGCACAGUACUCUGUACAAACACACUGCACUGCAGUCUUCUCGUGACUCCUCUACAUAGUAUAUAUUCCUUGUCCUUCCUAUUCUCCAUAAGGACCAUAACCUCUUUCUUCUUCUUCUUCUUCUUCUUCUUCUUCUUCUCUUUCAGACACACCUCCCUCUCUUUCUUGACCACACAACCUCUCUCUCUCUCUUUUUCUUGACCCACCAACUGCUCUCCAACUCCCUUUCUUUCUUCUUCAUAUACCAAACUCUUUCCUUGACUCUCUUUCACUCUUUCUGUGUUUGUGUUUCUUAUAGUACUACUGUUUUCUCAUGGAAGGACCAUCACCACCACCACCAUCACAAGCACUACAAGCACCACCAUCAAUGGAGGAACAACCAGCAAAGUGCCCAAGAUGUGAGUCCACGAACACCAAGUUCUGCUACUACAACAACUACAACCUUUCUCAACCACGCCACUUUUGCAAGGCAUGCAGACGUUACUGGACUAAAGGUGGCGCCUUGCGCAACGUUCCGGUUGGUGGUGGCUCAAGGAAGAACUCUAAACGUUUAUCUCCUAACUCCUCUUCUUCUACUCUCCCUGCAGCUAAACGUUCUUCUUCUACUUCUCCUCCUUGUAACUCUUCCUCUGUUCCUGACUCUGAACUUCUUUCUGUUUUUCCACCACCUUUGGAUUCUGAACAUCACUCUGUGCUUGGUGUUUCUGGGAGUUUUAGCUCUCUUCUUAAUUCUAGUUCUCAGUUUGGGAGUUUCAUGGAGGAGUUUGAUCAGCCUGCUGGUGAGCAUCUUGGUCUCUGUUUGGAGUCUCAGCAGCAGAGCUCUACUGAUAGCAGUGGUACUGAGAAUUUUCUUAGUUUGCAGGGUGAUUGGCCUGGUGGCUGGCCUGAUAAUUUGGCUAUCUACACUCCUGGCAAUGGAUUUCAGUGAAUCUUGUUUUCUUUUUAAGUUUUUCUUUUCUUUGUUUUUCUGAUCUUGAGAUUGAGAUGUAUGUAUAACAACUUCCACAGUUUAGAUUGACAAGAGUGUUUAUCUGCAUGCAAUGCAUGUACUGAUGAACUGUUAUCAACUUUGAUGAUUUUUUUACUCA